CCUCGGACAGUGUAAUUGACGGCAAAGCCCCGCCCCCACGGACACCUGUAAUCCAAUCCGCGGCCUUGUCACAGGUAAAACUGGCCUCAAUUUCUCAGCAUUGCCCCCAAAAAGCGAGAAAAGCCGACAAAACCCGUUCUCUCAGUGCGGGACAGCUUGUUUGUUGCCGCGGCCCUCAUCCAGUGUUGGCGGCGCAGUUUUCCACGGCAAAGAAGACGGAUCGGAUUUUCAGUACCAACUCGAAAGUCCAGUUCGACCGACCGAGAUGUCACAGGAGCAUGACAAUAAGCGUGCGGUCCUGGUUCUCCAGAACGAGCCAGGCUAUGGCGGCCAGCGUCGCUCCUUCACCACAGAGGACGAAGCCUGGAAAACAUUCCUGGAAAACCCGCUGACGGCUGCCACCAAGGCCAUGAUGAGCAUCAACGGAGAUGAGGACAGCGCCGCAGCUCUGGGCCUCCUCUACGACUACUAUAAGGUGCCCAGGGAAAAGAGAACAAUACACCAGCCCAAGACAGACGCUAUGGUCUCUGAUGUGGAUCCCAACAAAAGGCACCAGAUUCAGGCCGGACACUCCAUAGUUCCCCUCCAGGAAGGUGGGAUGGAGAACAGGAUCCAGGUCCUCAAGGCUCCCUUCAAUAUUCUGCAGUUGGCCCAGGACAAGAGGGCCCACUUUGCUUCACCAGAUACGACUGUCACAGUUUCCAUUGCCGCUGUGCCAAACUACCCGCCAGUGAAGACCGAGGUGCCCUCCCACGGCUUCUCGGUGACGGUGCCAAACAACUGCGCCGAACCCGACGGCCACGUGAGCGUCUUCGACCGGCAGCUCACCCACAGCACGGUCCAGUUCAGCCCCAGCACCCAGUCCCGCACACCCCCCGACUCCACCUUCUCCGAGAGUUUCAAGGAUGGUUCCCAGGAGGUGUUUUCCUUCCCAGGAGAUCUCCAGUUACGUAUGACCUCCAUGACGCCCGAGGACUACCCUCAGUUUGACACCAUGCCGGGGAAUAAUUUUGAGUACACUCUCGAGGCAUCCAAGUCGCUGCGUCAGAAGACAGGUGAUGGGACGAUGACGUACCUCAACAAGGGCCAGUUUUACCCCAUUACCCUCAGGGAGGUGGACAACAAAGGCAUGCAGCAGCCCAUCACUAAAGUCAGGAGUGUAGUGAUGGUGGUGUUUGGAGAGGAGAAGUGCAGAGACGAUCAGCUGAAACACUGGAAGUACUGGCACUCCAGACAGCACACGGCUAAACAGAGGUGUCUUGACAUCGCUGACUACAAGGAGAGCUUCAACACCAUCGGCAACAUCGAGGAGAUUUCCUACAACGCCAUUUCCUUCACCUGGGACACCAACGAAGAAGCCAAGAUCUUCAUCUCGGUCAACUGUCUGAGCACAGACUUCUCCUCUCAGAAGGGAGUGAAGGGUCUUCCCCUGAACCUGCAGAUUGACACGUACAGCUACAACAACCGCAGCAACAAGCCCAUUCACCGCGCCUUCUGCCAGAUCAAAGUCUUCUGUGACAAGGGGGCUGAGAGGAAGAUCAGGGAUGAGGAGAGGAAGCAGUCCCGCCGGAAAGGGAAGGUGGCCGAACUCAACCCUAACCUGCCCUAUGUGGACGUGAAAGUUCCCAUUCUCCAGAAACGCAAUGACGUGACCAUCUUCAAGAUGAUGACCGACCUUGAGACCCAGCCCGUCCUCUUCAUCCCUGACAUUCACUUCUCUACCUUCCAGCGUCAUCCUUUCUCAGCAGAAGAUGGAGAAGACAGCUCAGGCAUGAAGAGAUUACCGUUCAGCGACGACGAGUUCGGUUCACCUCCGCACAAGAUGCAGAGAACGGAGGAACCAAAGAAAGUCCUGCUGUACGUGCGCAAGGAAACAGAGGAGGUGUUUGAUGCUCUCAUGCUGAAGAAUCCCACGCUGAAAGGCCUGGUGGAAGCUAUUUCAGAGAAGUAUGAGCUGCCUUUGGAAAAAGUUGGAAAGGUCUAUAAGAAGUGCAAGAAAGGUAUUCUAGUCCACAUGGACGACAACAUCAUCAAACACUACUCCAACGAAGACACCUUCCAGAUCUCCAUGGAGGAGUUGGGUGGCGUGUACAAACUCACCCUCACUGAAAUCUGAUCUGUGAAGAAGAGGUGCCCUGGAAAAUCCUGAUCAUAGGACAAACGGAGCCGUCAGGUUUACACUUCUGGCUGCGCUGUAAUUAUGGACUUGAUCUCUAACUUAAAUCAUGUCGUCUGUGUGCUUUAUUAGUGUCAAUUUAAAAGCCAUAGCUCUUAGGAUAGGCACCAAUGUUAGUUAGAGAUGUAAGUUAUACAUUUUUGAUUGGUUUUAAGGCUUUUAUUGUGCAUAAAGAAUUAACAAGUGUUUGAUUGCUACAACACUUUUGUAUUUAGUAAGAAUAUGAGCUGCACCUCAGAUGGCAGCGCCUACUUUUGUAAAAAUGUUGUGCAGGUUUGCAGAGCAGUUGUAGUGCUGCUAUACCUCAUGCUAUGCAAGCAGCAGAGCUUAUGCAUUCAUUUAUUUGAAUUUUAAUAAGAGAAGCAGAUCUUAUUCCCCUUCCUAAAGCCAUAGCACUGAUGAUUGCAAUCUGCAAAGUUGGGUAUUUAGUGCACAAAAAAUGGCGGCAAAUUGUUAAUGGAGCCCCAGUGGUUCAGUGUAUUAAUACUAAACAACAUGACAGUAUUCAGUGUGUAAAACCUUCUUAAAUCAUCACCUGAUUAGAGUAGAAUACUGUAAAUGUUUGUGUUUUUCUAGCAUAGAGUACAUUUUUUGUGAAUGAUGUGGCUUAAAAGAUAUUUUUCUUCAGAUCAGUUGAAAUAAUAGCCUCAUUGUGAGUAUUACAAAAUAUAUUGAUGAUAUUGCUAAAACACAGUUACCCUUCCCCUCUAGAGGAGUUUUCUGAAUGUUGGUGAAACCGGUCAAUGAAUAUCUAGAACAGUCUGUGCAGGCUGCGCUGGAAGUGCAAUAUGAUGUUUAGGUUCAGACGCAUUCAGAAAACUAUUUCCUCUGUUGCCAUAACGACAGUAUAGAAUGCAUGUUAAUUGAUUUUUUUUUUAAAUGGAGAUACUCUUGUAUAUAUCAACUGAUAAAAGGAUCUGUGCGAUCCCUCUUUUGUAUCGCAGUACUUAUUGUGUAUAUAUUUAUUGAGAAUGGAUGUGGGUCAUUGCUUUUGUUUGUUUUUUAACCAUAUAUAGCCAAAUUUCUAUUAAUCCUAAUAAUAUAAUGUUUUUUUCUUUUUUAUAUGAAGUUAUUGUAACAUUACAUGUCAAAGGACAGACAAGUUAACAUGUUUUUAAUACAUUUUUGCUGUUUUUGUAAAGGAUUUGAUGCACAAAGUGCUCAAUAAACGCUCUCAAGUAGCUACUGUUUGGUCA